AUGACGGAAGGUAAUAAGAACUCUGAGGCGACAAGACCAGAUACGAAGACCGAGACGGCUGUCCCUCCAGCUUCCCUGGUGCCAGUUCAACCUACUCCACUUUCUUCGAAAGAUAAGAAUACACAGCGACUAGUAGUCGUCUUGUCGCAGGCUUGUCUGGAAACACACAAGAUCAGCACAGGCGGCGGACCAGGAAGCGACAAGUACGCCCUGCUGAACUGUGACGACCACCAGGGACUGCUCCGGAAAAUGGGAAGAGACAUUUCUGGAGCCAGACCAGAUAUCACUCACCAGUGUCUGCUAACACUUCUUGAUUCGCCGAUCAACAAAGCUGGUAAGCUGCAAGUGUACAUCCAGACAGCCAAGGGUGUUCUCAUAGAAGUGAACCCUUCGGUGCGAAUCCCAAGAACCUUCAAGCGGUUUUCAGGACUUAUGGUGCAGCUAUUGCACAAGCUGUCCAUCAGAUCUGUCAACUCCGAGGAAAAACUGCUCAAGGUGAUCAAAAACCCAAUCACAGACCAUCUACCAACAAAGUGUCGCAAGAUUACGCUCUCGUAUGAUGCUCCGGUUGUGAGGGUGCAGGACUACAUCAAGAAAUUGGAGCCAGACGAAAGCAUCUGUGUUUUCGUGGGAGCCAUGGCUCGCGGAAAGGACAAUUUUGCGGACGAGUACGUGGACGACAAGAUCGGUCUGUCGGAGUAUCCGCUAUCUGCAUCCGUUGCAUGCAGCAAGUUCUGUCACGGCGCAGAAGAUGCCUGGGGCAUUUUUUGA